CCCUAACCCUACAACAACAACAACAUUGAUUUGUGUCACCAAGAAAAUGUUGGCGGUAGAAACAUCAUCCAAGCUCACGGCAGGUGUGAUGGAGACCAAGACAUUAUAUCACUGCAGGUGUGGUGGAGACCACAGCAUCAUAACACUGCAGGUGUGGUGAAGACCACGGCAUCAUAACACUGCAGGUUUGGUGAAGACCACGGCAUCAUAACACUGCAGGUGUGGUGAAGACCACGGCAUCAUAACACUGCAGGUUUGGUGAAGACCACAGCAUCAUAACACUGCAGGUGUGGUGAAGACCACGGCAUCAUAACACUGCAGGUUUGGUGAAGACCACGGCAUCAUAACACUGCAGGUGUGGUGAAGACCACGGCAUCAUAACACUGCAGGUUUGGUGAAGACCACGGCAUCAUAACACUGCAGGUGUGGUGGAGACCACGGCAUCAUAACACUGCAGGUUUGGUGAAGACCACGGCAUCAUAACACUGCAGGUUUGGUGAAGACCACGGCAUCAUAACACUGCAGGUGUGGUGAAGACCACGGCAUCAUAACACUGCAGGUUUGGUGAAGACCACAGCAUCAUAACACUGCAGGUGUGGUGAAGACCACGGCAUCAUAACACUGCAGGUUUGGUGAAGACCACGGCAUCAUAACACUGCAGGUGUGGUGAAGACCACGGCAUCAUAACACUGCAGGUUUGGUGAAGACCACGGCAUCAUAACACUGCAGGUGUGGUGGAGACCAGGGCAUCAUAACACUGCAGGUGUGGUGGAGACCAAGACAUCAUAACACUGUAGGUGGGAUGGAGACCAAGACAUCAUAACAUUGCAGGUGUGAUGAAGACCAAGACAUCAUAACACUGCAGGUGUGAUGAAGACCAAGACAUCAUAACACUGCAGGUGUGAUGAAGACCAAGACAUCAUAACACUGCAGGUGUGGUGGAGACCAAGACAUCAUAACACUGCAGGUGUGAUGAAGACCAAGACAUCAUAACACUGCAGGUGUGAUGAAGACCAAGACAUCAUAACACUGCAGGUGUGGUGGAGACCAAGACAUCAUAACACUGUAGGUGGGAUGGAGACCAAGACAUCAUAACAUUGCAGGUGUGAUGAAGACCAAGACAUCAUAACACUGCAGGUGUGAUGAAGACCAAGACAUCAUAACACUGCAGGUGUGAUGAAGACCAAGACAUCAUAACACUGUAGGUGAGAUGGAGACCAAGACAUCAUAACACUGUAGGUGAGAUGGAGACCAAGACAUCAUAACACUGUAGGUGGGAUGGAGACCAAGACAUUAUAACACUACAGUUGUCUGCAGUCACCCUAGAAGUCCUUGGCUGCUCUGGCUGACAAUACAGUCACCUCUAGAAGCAACAGGCUACUGGGGUUUAUACUACAGUCACCGCCAGGAGAAACAGCCUCGAGCUUUACCCAUGUUGUCAUGAAGUGUUGAUGAAUAUUAUCUGCAGUUUUCUUGCAAAAAUUUUUCAGUUGAGAAAUCUCCAGGGCUCGCCAUCCCCACUGUCCAGUCUAUGACCAAUGGCCACAUCAGUGUUCACCAAAGCAGUGCUAAUGAUUGCUCAUAUAUAUGUGGAACACCAUUAAAGUAACAAGAAACUAAAGCAGUGAUUGUAUUUUUAACAAAUUUGAAAAAAUAAUAGAGUUAAUUGUGAGAAGCUCAAUAAAAUACUGUGUUCACUUUGUCUAAAAUUCUACUGGUAUUUUACAAAAUACAAGACAAGUAAAACAAUGUAAACAAUUAGUGUUUACGUGAAAUUUCACUCAAAAUCUAAUCUUGUGUCGAAAUACUUUGUGAGAAAGAGAGAAUGAAUUUGUGUGAGAGAACACACACGUGAGAAAUCUUUUCAAUUUCCAUUGUUUAUAAGAUUAUUUAGAUAAUAUUCAUGUAGCAAUAAACAUGAAAACUCGUACAGAAAAGAAACUUUAUGAAUGCUCUGUGUGUUCAAAAUAUUUUAAGGAAAACCGUAGUUUAGUAUUGCAUAUGAGAACUCACACAGGAGAGAAGCCAUAUCAGUGUGCAGUGUGUCUGAAAAACUUUUCACAAAGGCCUUCUUUGGUAACUCACAUGAGAAUUCACACAGGAGAAAAACCAUACAAGUGUUCACUGUGUCCUAAAGACUUUGCACAAAAAUAUUAUCUUAUAAUACAUAUGAGAUCCCAUACAGGAGAGAAACCAUAUGAGUGUUCAGAAUGUUCAAAAGGGUUUUCACAAAAAUGUGGUCUAGUAAAGCACAUGAGAACUCAUACCGGAGAAAAACCCUAUCACUGUUUAGAGUGUUUAAAGGCAUUUACACAAAAAGGUGAUCUUCAUAAACAUUCACAAAUUCAUACAGGAGAGAAACUAUAUCAGUGUUCAGUGUGCAUGAAAAACUUUACCCAAAAAUGUAAUCUACUUCAACACUCAAAAGUUCAUUCGGGAGAAAAGCCAUAUCAGUGUUCGCAGUGUAUAAAAGAAUUUUCGUUUAAAGGUAGCUUAGUCGCCCAUAUGAGAACUCAUACAGGUGAGAAGCCAUAUCAGUGUUCAGUGUGUCUUAAAAAAUUUCCAGUUAAAUCUACGCUUAUAAUACAUGAAAGAACUCAUACAGGCCAGAAACCAUAUCAGUGUUUUCUUUGUCAAAAAUUCUUUCCACAAAAGACAAAUCUAGUUAAACACAUGAGAACUCAUACAGGAGAGAAACCAUAUCAGUGUUCAGUGUGCAUGAAAAAAUUUGCACAAAAAAGUCAGCUACGUCAACACUCAAAAGUUCAUACAGGAGAAAAGCCAUUUAAGUGUUCAGUGUGUGCCAGUAGCUUUUCACUUAAAUGUAGUUUGAUAUUACACAUGAGAUGUCACACUGGAGAGAAACCUUACCAGUGUUUUGCAUGUCAAAAAUCAUUUUCCGGAAAUAGUCAACUAGUAACACACAUGAGAAUUCACACUGGAGAAAAACCAUUUAAAUGUUCAGUUUGCUUAGCAUGCUUUUCACAGAGAGGUAAUCUAGCAAAACAUUUGAGAACUCAUACAGGAGAAAAACCAUAUCAGUGUUCAAAGUGUCAUAAAAACUUUUCAAGGAAACUUCAUCUAACAGAGCACAUAAGAACUCACACAGGAGAAAAACCAUAUCAAUGUUCAGUGUGCUUAAAAGGUUUUUCGAACUACACUAAUAAAAAAAAGCACAUGAGAAUUCAUACUGGAGAAAAGCCUUUUCACUGUUUAGUAUGUUUAAAGAAAUUUUCACAAAAAAUUGAUCUCCAUAAACACACAAGAAUCCACACAGGAGAGAAACCUUUUCAGUGUUCAGUGUGCCUAAAAAAAUUUACACGAAAACAUCACUUAGAAUCUCACUUAAGAACUCAUAUAGGAAAGACUCAAUAGCCCUUACCAGUUUCUCUAAUUGACUUAAAAGAUCUUAUUAGUGUUACAGGAAUAUUAUACCAGUGAAUGUAAGACUUCUCACAUAUUCUCAUUUAAUACAUUUAAUUUGCAGAAGAGAGAAACCAUUUAAGUGUUAAAUGUAUUCACCUAGUUGUGCUUGCGGGGGUUGAGCUCUGCUCUUUCGGCCUGCCUCUCAACUGUCAAUCAACUGUUAUUAACUACUAACAAUUUAUUUUUUUGCACACAC